AUGACUAAUGACGAGAGUUUUUUAAAUGAAAGCAAUGAUGAAGAUAUAAUUGAAAUUCUAGCCUUGAGCCGUGAAAGGAAAAAGCAAAACACACAUGGUGAAAGUUCAAGGAAAUCACGAAGAUAUAUUGAUUGGGACACACUAGAAGGGCAUAAUCGCUUAUUCAAAGAUUAUUUUGCAACUCUACUGAAAAUCACUACAGCAUUGCGAAUAUUGUCUUAUGGGGUAACAGCAGAUUUCAUGGAUGAGUACAUACGUAUUGGAGAAACCACAGCUAUAAAAAGUCUAAGGUAUUUUGUUCAAUCAGUCAUUGAUAUUUUUGGUCUUGUCUAUCUACGAAAACCAAACUCAGAGGAUAUUACAAGAUUACUUAAAAUUGGUGAAGUUCGUGGCUUUCCAGGAAUGUUGGGUAGCAUAGAUUGUAUGCAUUGGAGGUGGAAAAAUUGUCCAACCGCAUGGAAAGGGUCAGAUAAUGAUAUUAAUGUUCUAGAACGAUCUAAUGUGUUUUGCGAAAUAACAAGUGGGGAGAGCUAUCAUGUUAACUACUAUAUAAAUGGUCACAACUAUAAUAUGGGGUAUUAUCUGGCUGAUGGUAUAUAUCCUCCAUGGGCAAUAUUCGUCAAAUUAAUUCCUUUACCUAUGAAUCAAAAGACCAAACAUUUUACUGUUGCUCAAGAAUCUGCAAGAAAAGAUGUUGAACGUAAAUUUGGUGUGCUCCAAGCUAGAUUUGCAAUUGUCCGUGGUCCAACAAGAUAUUUUGAUCGUGAAACACUCAAUAAGAUCAUGUUGGCAUGUAUUAUUAUGCACAAUAUGAUCGUGGAGGAUGAACGUGAACUUCAUCCACAACCAGAUAUAUUUGAAUAUGAACAAGUCUCUGAAAGUCCUCCCAUUCCAAUCGUAUCACGCACUCAAACUCCAAAACUUAUGAAUUUUAUUCAAUCACUCCUCAAAAUUAGAGAUAGAGUAAUGCAUAGUCAAAUUCAAAAAGAUCUAGUUGAGCAUCUAUGGAAUGCAUACAGUAUGUCAUAA